AGCCCACAGUGAAGUGCUGGGCUGACCGUGUGCUGUCAGCGCGGUGUUGUCCAACACUCCGCCGCGGGUCCAGCGGUGUCAGCGGUAAUGAAGCAGUGUAAUGUGUCGCAGCAGACGGACCCCCUGACACUACACACUUACUCUUCUUCGUCCCUGCAGAAGAUGGUGGCUGGCGGCUAGCUCCAACUUCGGACUCCGUGGCUUUUUUUCCCCGGCGAAGCGCGCUGAAAUCAGUUGGGAUCCUGAGAUGACGGAAGUAGAGCCAGUGUUGGACUUUGCCUCCUCUGGGCGUUCGGGGAGGAGAAAUGCCCUACCUGACAUCCUGGGCUCGCCAGCAGGUGUAAACCCUGGCGACCUGCCUCUAAAGCUGGCUGAGCUGUCCCUAAAAGAUGGUCCGGGAGGGGCCCAGUCACCCACGGCGGAAGGGCCUCCGGCGCCGCCGGAGAGCUCAGAGGGAAAAGAGGGAUCGUAGGGACUUGUUUAUUUACCUCCCCUGAGACCUGCAAAGAUAACCUGAGAGGAACGAGUUAAGAGGGCGACCUGUGGGAGAAGCAGUGAUUAUCUGUGGAGAGUCAGUCUGUUUGAGAAGCAGCCGAGCCACGGAGGGAGAGUGACGAAUCGACUCCCCAAAGACUGGAGCCAGGCACUCGGUACUAUCUGAAAAGUGUCAGGCGUCACUUAGUCAUGAACCAGUGAGAGUGUGUGUGUGUGUGUGUGUGUGUGUGUGUGUGUGUGUGUGUGUGUGUGUGUGUAAAGGUGAGUUAUACACUCACCAUGGACAUUGAGAAUCAAAAGGACCAAGACAGAUUGUAUACUGUACAGUACUAUUUUUGUAUGAUUUAUUUAAAGAAAAACAGGAAGUCAUAACUGUAAUACGUACCAUUUCCUUGCAUUUCCUGCUGGUUUUUGUUUUAAAGUGAUAUGUGUUAUUUUACAUUGGGGAAGUGAGAGGGACUUUGAUAGCAGCCUGUAGUUGCUUUUUAAUCCAACUGGAUGCAAAAUGACACGUGACGCGUGAAGAAAAGAGUAGAUUUAAGAGAACUGGGAACUCUUUGUGUUGUCUUCUGCUUUUCCACUAAAUGUAUGUUUUCAAAUCUGCGGCUGUUGCAUAGUAUCUACAUUGUAAAUGUACAGUUUUUACCCCUCAUUGCAGACUGUUGUGAUCCUUGCAACAACGACCAGGGAUUUGAUCUACUUUUUUAGGUGUCCAUAUAGUGCAAGGUGAUAUCGUGGAAGAACCGUCCAUAUCUUGAGACAUUCCUUUAGAGAAUAGUGUCCCACUGCCAGCAAUGUACACACUGCUUCAUUAUAAUACUGAGAAAAUGUCCUUUUUUAAUUUUGCUCAAGGCUGCUCUCAAAAGUCUCGUCACUUUCCAAACCUCUGAAAAUGUGCCUAGUGGCAGUUCACAACCCAGAACGUGUGUUGUGUUCUUUCUGUGUGAAGUACUGUUAUUGACUCUUUCGGGCUACUGAUAUUUCCUUGGUAUUAAUAGGAGGUAUCGUAACACAUCUUUACUGCUUGAACUGUAAACUGAAGACACUUUUGUAACAUUCUGCAGAAAAGCGUCUGCAGAUCCUACACUUUGUCAGGAAAAACCAAUCAGUUUUGCGUCAACUUCAGCAGGGCUGCUGGGGUUCCUCGCACGUGCUUCAUACAGCGACAGCAGCAUAUGUCUGCUGAAUGGGCACUGGAACAAGCAACACUACCACCACAAUGUGUUUCCAGUGCUGAAAACGGCAGCUCACUUGCCUUCUGCCUCUCCGCAUGGAGAGAAGUCUGUUCACACUCAUCAACACAUAGGCAGAGCUGUGAAUAGGAUGCAAGACAGAGAGCAAGAAACAGCGAGAGUCCACAUUUGUUAGCUAUCCACUCACUGCAACUGUAUAUACUGUAUUGUAGUAUAAUCCAUGUGUGUCAUACAUGCUGACUGUAUGAUUACGACUUAAUUCACAUACUGUACCCACUAAAAAAUGGUGUUUUGUAAUUGUCUCUAUAUGACGACGUUUUGCCGGUGGCUGUGUCUUUAUGUGGAUGUGUUUCACAAAUGCAACAAGGAAAGCCUGGUGUGCUGCUGCCCAGCCUCUGUUUCUGAUGCUGCGCUUCUACUGAUUCUGAUGGAAAGUGUUCGCAGGUCUAUGUAAACUGUAGGAUCAACACUUUUUAUAGGGGGUUGAUGAGUCAGAGGUGUAUUUUGUAGUGUCCUGAUCUCUAAGUGGUGCAUAUAUUUUACUUAGCUGGAUUGAAUCCCAUGUGUUGAUUCUAUCUGGUGGUGAAAAUUGCCAUAUUAAACCCACAAGCUUUACAUAUA